ACUAGAUCUUAUCCUCAACAUAAUACCUCAAAGGACAGGGAAAUGCAUAUUCUCUUAUUUUACCCAAUUACUAUGGGCUUGUCUACACUCUCCUUCCCUUGCAGUGGUUGUUACGUCAGCCUGUAAGCUCGAACGCAUAUAUCGAUCGAAAGGCGCGCCGUUUAGGGUGAAAAUGUCAAUACUCGCCGCGAAUCAAAUUAAAUCGCCACCAUACAAGGCAAAAAUUCGAGUUAAAAGGCAUUUUGAAUUUGAAGGAAAGAGAAGGAGUGCUACAGGAAGGCAUCGUUGUUUGCAGGCGAAGAAAGUUGCGACUGUGCGAGGGAGUAAGAAAAGGCAAGGAAUAGCUCCAUUAUGAACUUGAAACGUGAUAACAAUUACGUUUUUAUCACUCUGGUGAAGAAAUGCCAAGCAGAAACUGAUUAAAUUUCCUACUUCUUUCCUUAUAAAUCUUUCAUAACUAAACUUUUUUAUCCUUUGAAUCAACAUUAUGAACAAGCUUCAUAUGUGUAUAUAAUAUUUUUAGAAUGCACGCAUAACAUCUAGAAAUACAGACACUUUGAGUGCAUGUGUUCUGGUAAAAGCAAUGAAUUGACUUUUACAUGGCGUCAUCGAAUACUGUUAAUACGCUGAAUGUAUGGAAAACACGAAGAAUAUAAAAUAGGCGUGUUGUCAUCAACAAGGAUGUGUAUAUUGUAAGAAUAUUUUUAUUUCAAUCUUCUCAUUUUUAGCCACCACUAGGGUGUAAUUUUUUUGUAUUUGCAUAAGCAAAUGAAUACAAAUGAAGUCAAGUGAUGAGGUAGAAAAUAAAGGAAGAUGUUUGGAAACUGCAGAAAUAGUCUUACACAUAAGAUGAUGUUGCCCAUGUGUCAGUCAACAACAAAGCAGAAUAAUAAUCAAAAA